UAUGCUACCAUGCUCAGCUUACUCUUCUGCGCUUUUAAUUUUACGUCAAGAAAUAAAUGUUACUACUUUUACAAUGGAGAGAAAAAUCCUUUUCACGUUUGUGUAAAAGAUUUCACUUUUCCUUCUGAAAAUGAUGAAGACAGGUAGUGGGCAAGGAAACCGGUGGUCACAUGCUGGUGGCGUGGACUUGUGCUGAAAAGAAGGUAUACCCUGAUCUGUCUUCCUUCAGGAGGCCUGGACAUGAGGCCCUUCUCAGAGCUGGGAUUGCAGGUGUGUGCCACUAGAUUUUCUCUUCUGAGGUGCAAAGCAGUCCUUUGUUUACCAGCACGACAGUGCCACCUUUGGGCCAGCAGGGUGGACGUGUGCAGUCCUUUGAAAGCCUGCAGAUCAGGCUCCUGGCUUCCUCUCUUGCUGGGGGCGCUCUUCCCUCUCAGGGAGCUUCCUUCAGUCAGAGCAAGGUAACAACUGACACAAGCCUGUCUUGUGCGCCUUGCCUUCCUCUCAGUCUAUGAACAGAUGCCUCUCAGGCUGCUGGAUUCUGGGAACCCAGCAAUUUUAUGUAACUGUAUUGCUGACAAUUCUGUCUCCUUUUUUUUUUUCGGUACCGGUGAUCGAACUCAGGACCUUGUGCUUUCGAGGAGGCAGCUGCAGCACCACUGAGCUACAUCCCCCAGCCCAUCUGUCCCCUUCUUUGAUACUGCCAUUGAUGAAUGAUUUUGCUGGAGGAGGAACACAGUGGUCGGAUCUAACUGAAAUACUGUGUGCAGUGUCUGUGCAUAUGUAUGGUAUGUGUGGGUGCCUGGUAUGCGUACAAGUGAUUGAUCUGAACAGUGUGCGUGGGUGUUAACUGUGCAUCUGUGUAUGUGGUGUGCGCGCACAUGUGGCAUGUGUGGUGUGUUUGCACUGUGAUGUGCUGUUGAGUUCCAGCGGAGGUUGAUUCUCUUGGGAUGAGUAACAGCUCCUACCAGGGCUCCCCACCAGUGCCUGUCCCACCCUCACCUCCUGUCAGCCUCCACCUCUCUUAUCUCCUGUAAGGAAUCUGGAGUAAUGCACCUUCCAAAUGUGGCUGUGGUGAUUGAACCCACCCACCUCAUUUCUUGGAGAACAAUGCUUCUAGGAAGUGCAGAUGUACAGUGUGGCAGGUACCAGCCACUGUGCGACAGAAACAGGCUCCCCAGACCAGCCAGUUCCCUUGAGGAAGGGCCUUCCAGGUGAAAGGUUAAGGUCACUCCGACCCUAACCCUCAGUGCCUCUCGGUGCCUCCAGCUCUGGAUCAGGCCCUGCGGGUCACCUCCGCUCUGGGCUUCCGGGCAACCCUCCAACCAAGACCCCUUGUCCGUCCCAGGGAGCCCCUGAACAUGCCAGGCUGGUCUUACAAACGGAGAACCUGAGGCAGAAGGCAUUCUCUGGCUGGUUGUCUUUUCUGAGCAGCCCGGUGCUGAGCAGGGAGCGAUCUUACCAGCUGCAUGCUCUCCAACCCUAACCUUUCAGGCCGGAAAUCCCCUCUGGUCCACUUUCCCAUAGUCGGAGACAGAUCUGCACAGCAGCGGCUGGGAGUUUUCAGCAAUGCAGGCCAGAAGUUUUUAGCAUCUCCCCCAACUAGGUUGGUCCGGUUGUCUCUUCAGGAUCAGCUGGACGCAUCAGCGACUUCACCGUUUCUUCGCACGUGAUACCACAGUAAAUCCAGCUCCAAAUGCAGGUAGACUUUUCCCUGGUUGUCAGGCAGUACUUGAACUCCUGCCACAACCAAGAUGACUGCCACGCGUUUCCACCCAAAACCACUACCAAUGUGGCCAAGACGUGAGGCUCGCGCCCACUUGGGGGUGUGGCAACGUGACCGUCAGCCAAUGGAUGUGCGCGUCUGGGCGCAGCCAAUGGGAAGGCAGCGCGGGCUCCGCGGCCAGGGCUUCACCUGUGGCCGGAAGCUCCGCAUGGCGGGCCUGCGGGGUCCCGGUGUCUGGGCGCGGGGCUGCCGGAGGCCCUGGGAGGAGCUGUUGGCGGGAAGGGUCAAGCGGCAAAAACAUAACCCUGAAAAUGAACAGAAAUUAAAGGAAUCAGCCGUGCAGCUCCUGAGACGCCACCAGAACUUGGAGGAUCUUCUGCUUGAGGUAGAAGAGCCACCAUGUAAAAAAUUAUGCCUCAGUAAACUGAUUGAUAGUAACAGUGCUGAGGCCUGCAGUGAUCAUGUUAGUUCCUUUAUAGGCUCUGCCUUGCGGGAUCGAGCCUUGAGGCUGGGGGUUCCUGUGGCUGUCCUGGCAGCCAGGAUGGUGGCCUGCAGCAUGGAGCAGGUGUGUGCGGAGCCUAGCCAUCCAGUUCUGCUCAGCUCGGAGCAGAGGAAGAAGGUAUCUUCCUUGUUAGACGUUGCUCAGUAUUUAUUGACACACAGUAUGUUCUCCCGUCUCUCCUUCUGUCAAGAAUUAUGGAGAGUACAGAGCUCUUUGCUGCUGGAAGCUGUGUGGUGCCUGCAUGUGCACAGCGUGGUCAGCCUGCGGGAGCUGCUGGAGAGCCAUCCUGAAGCUCAGGCUGUGACAGCGUGGCUUUUUGGGAACCUGUGCCUGCUGUGUGAGCAGAUGGAAGCCUCCUGCCAGUCCGGCGACACGACCAGGGCUAUGCUUUCUGAUUUUGUGCAACUGUUGGUUUUGAGAGCAUUUCAGGAAAACUCCAAUGUGGGAAGAACCAUGGAGCCUGAGAAGAUGCCUCAGGUUGCCCUGGCUGUGCUGCAGAAAAUGCUGAGCUUUGCGCUGGACUCCCUGGCUGCUGGCCUUCAGGAGGAGUCCCCGGCUUACAAGGCAGUGAGGUGGUGGUUUGAUGUGUUCAGUGCGCACUCGUGUUGUGUGAUUGCGCCAGAUCCUCUGAAGAAGUUCUUCCGUCACACACUGGUCCAGACGCUCACGCACAGCCCUGUGCUAAAAGUGUCAGACGCGGUCCAGAUGCAGAGCAGGUGGAGCUUCUCGAGAACACAUCCGCUGCUUAUCUCUCUCUACUGCCGGCUCUUCAUGAUGCUGAGCCCCGAGGAAGCCAUCAGCUGUGUGCAGGAAGUUUUGGAGGAGCAGGAAGUCAACUGGCAGCGUGUGCUGUCCUGCGUGUCUGUGCUGGUCACCUGCUUCCCCGAGGCACAGCAGCUGGUGAGAGAUUGGGUGGCCCGUUUGAUGGCUGGUGCCUUCGAGAGCUUCCAUCUGGACAGCAUGGUCACUGCAUUCCUGGUUGUGCGCCAGGCUGCACUGGAGGGCCCUGCUGCAUUCCCACCCUAUGCGGACUGGUUCAAGGCCUCCUUCGGGAGCUCGCGUGGCUACCACAGCUGCAGCAAGAAGGCCCUGGUCUUCCUCUUCAAGUUCCUGUCUGACCUCGUGCCCUGGGAGGCCCCCUGGUACCUGCAGGUGCACAUUCUCUACCCGCCACUGGUCCCGAGCAAGUACCGCUGCGUCCUUACUGACUACAUCUCGCUGGCCAGGACACGGCUGGCUGACCUGAAGGUUUCCUUGGAGAACAUGGGACUGUAUGGAGAUGGGUCCUUAGCCAGGGACGUUGCAGAGCCCCGCAGCCAAGCGGCCCAGGAUGUGGAGAAGGCCGUCUCGAUGUUUGAACACACAGGGAAAGUCCCGGUCCCUGUCCUGGAGGCCAGCAUAUUCAGGAGGCCCUACUACGUGUCCCACUUCCUCCCUGUUCUGCUGACGCCUCGUGUGCUCCCCAAGGUCCCUGAUGCACGGGCAGCGUUCAUCGAGUCUCUGAGGAGGGCAGACAAAAUCCCCCCAUCUGUGUAUGCCACCUACUGCCAAGCCUGCGCCACUGCUGAGGAGGAGAAGUCGGGAAGUGCAGACCCAGGAAUGGAGACAAAGCCCAGCUAUGCGGAAGAGGCCUUGGGGCCACUCAAGGCUGCACUAGGACAGCUCAGAGCCUUGAUGGCCAACCCCAUGCAGUACGACGGUAGUGGAUCUGCUGCUGACGGCUUUCUGUCAGGACCUGAUGGCAGCCUGCAGCUUUGUGCCCCCGGAGAGGCAGGGCCCCUGGGCUACCCUCUUCGUGAGGACCCUGUGUGGUCAUGCACUGCUGCCUGCAGUCCUUGGCCGGCUUUGCCAGCUGCUGCAUCACCAGGGCCCGAGCUUGAGUGCCCCACAUGUGCUGGGCUUGGCUGCCUUGGCUGUCCACCUAGGGGAAUGCAGGGCUACGCUCCCAGAGGUGGACCCAGGACCUGCUGCAGCCACCCGCAGCCUUCCUGUCCCGGAGUUCCUGGAUGGCCUCUUGUCCUGCCACACCGGGGAGUCUGUGCUCUUCUGCCUGAAGUUCUGCACAGCAGCGAUCACCUACUCUUGGUGCAGAUUCUCCCCUCAGCCCCACGGAGCCCUCCGCAGCUGUUUAUCUCCAGGCCUUAUCAAAAAGUUCCAGUUCGCCUUGUUCAGAUUGGUUUCAGAGGCCCGAGAGCCUUGUCAUGUGGAGAAUGUGACCGGCCCUCCCUGGAGACCCUUGUGCCUUCCUUCCGAAGACUGGCAGAGCGCUGCACUGGCUCUGUGGCAACAGAGCAGCUUCCAGGAGCUGCUAGAAGAGCCGGAGUUCCGGUUGACUUACAGAGACUGGCUGCAGCUGGAACUGGACAUCCCCCCUGGAGCCGAUCCUCUGUCAGACACAGAAAAGCAGGACUUCCACCAGUGGGCGAUCCACAAGCACUUCCUGCCUGCACCCUUGGCUUCUGGGGGCUGCGGUGGGGACCUGGAGGUGGCAUGCAUGGUCCUCAUCGACGCACUGAUGGACUUCUACCACAGUCCAAGGAGCUGUGGCCACACAGAGAGCCCCAGCUGGGCCUACAGUGGCCGCAAAGGCAACGGGGAUCUCCUCUGCAGGCUGCAGUCCUGCUAAGCAGCGUGGAGACUCCUGUGUCCCACUCCGAGGCUGAGGUCCUGAGCAGCAGCAAAUCACGGUGCCUGCGCCCCUACAGGCGUCAUGAUGGGAUGCCAGCUGUGCAGCAGUACUGCUGUGAGUCCCCAGUAACCUGUUGUUUUUUUCGGUACUGAGGACUGAACUCAGAACCUUGUGCUUGUGAAGCAGGUGGCAGCACCACUGGGCAACACCCCCCCACCCCCCAGUAACCUGCUUUCACCUCCCGGGGCUGCACUGGACAACAGGCUCUGAGAGGGGCCGUCCAGGGACCAAGAGCACAGAGUCUGGAGACUCCACAGUCACAAGCUUGGGAAGGGGGCACUGUGCCCUGACAGCCCACUGUGCACCUCCACUUCCCACUUCUGGGAGUGCGCUGGGGUCCCUUGGGAGUCAGGGGCGUGCAGGGUGCAGCCUCCCUCCAACCUCCGUGUCUCCUCUGUGCACUGCCCAGGCCCUUGGGGCAUGUGUGGUUUAAUGUAACCCUAGCCUAUGUGUGGGCUCCACACUGCUGUUCUUCAAAGACCUUAGAAAGGUGGGGAAUGAGAGAGAGCCAAGGGUGAGUCUCAUGGAGGGUGGAGUCCCAGGGAAACCUGCUUACAGAUGAAAACGCACUGCAGAGAAAAGACACCAGGGUUCCCUGCUCGAAUUGACCUUUGUCCUCACUCCAGUGUCCCUGGACAUCAAAGGAAAGUGAGCCAGGGAGACGGCGAUUUGUGUUGGGUCCCAAGGGUUACAGAGGGUACGAAGUGUGUUCUGGACAGGACUUGUGUGCACACCUUUGGUCCGCAUUUAUUGGGUGCCUGCUGUGUACAUGCCAUCCUGUGCCAGGUCCCUGCCUGUCCCUGUCCCUUGUGUCACUCUUCAGCGGUGUUGUCUGAUUUAUUCCCUGCUCAGAGCUUGCCCACAGCACACCUGCAGCCCCAGGCACGAGCUCAGUCUCACCUGCAGUCCCACCCGAUGGUCUUAUGGUACAGGACUAGAGGAAUCUGCUCAGAUGUUGAACAUCAGGAAGCAGGGUAGAAGCUGGAAUGGAGCUAGACAUAGCAGUUCACACGUGUAAUCCCGGCUGCUCAGGAGGCUGAGGCAGGAGGACGGGAGAAGGGACUGAGGUGAAGGAGGGCGAUGCAGAGAAGCCCACCCCAGGGCUAACAUCAGUGGUGUUUGUGAGGAGGUGGGUCCCAGCCCAGGCUGUGGAAGUCAGGCCCGUUCUUGGAGAAGUAUUUGUUAGUAUGGACUUACAAGAGUAAGGCACAAGAGCUAGAUAGGGUUCAGGGUUCACUAUUAUUUUCAGAUUGAGGAAGCUUUGGCAUUUAAAAGUCCCAUUUUCUUGAAGAAUGUCAGUGUCAUGAAAAACAGUUUGUGGGAAUGUUCCAGGGUAAAGGGGCGCACAAGCUUGACGCCGAAUGCCCACCCAGACGCUGGAUGGCCGGCCACCCAGAAGGUGGCUGUGUUGUGCUGAUGCCUGCAGGCCCAAGCCUGAGGCUGUGCGCACAGAGCAGCAGGGUCCAGAGCCUGUGUGCUGAUUCAUCUCUGAUGUCCCUGCACACACACACAGACACCCCUGUAUACACAGGGGAGCCAAGUGACAAUGGCAUGAACUGUCGGCCUAGCAGAACCUGAGCAACAGUGUCCUUGUUCCUUGCCCUGUCCUUUUGUUUUUUAUCAUUUAAAAUGAUUUCUGAGCAAAACAGUCGUCAUGUUCCCAUGGCGACCUCUCUCCCAAGCCCACCUCUGGGGGUCUCUGGCCAACGUUAAGCCCUGAGCACUUUCUGCCUUCAUUCUUGAGGACAAAAGACACACUUGGAACCAGAAGGGUCGUGAACGCCUGGCCUUACUC